AGCAGGAUAAUCUCCUCUAGCUGCGUGUGGUAGCCAGACAUCCUGACUGCCAGCGGCGUCGUCAUUCGAAAAAGAAUCAAGGUCAUGAUCUUGCCCUGACUUCACACUAUAGCAUUCUUAGUUCAAUACAAUUGCAGUAGCCGAAGUACAAUAGCCAAAAGAUGUUCCGUUCAUUAUAUAUUUUUUCUCUUGUGCGAUGAAUGAUCAGGUACUAGGUAGCUAUUAUUGGCAAUUGGCAGGUGCGCUUAUAUUAUUCGUUUGGUGUUUUUCCUCAUUUAUGUCAAUGAGAUUGUAUCCAUCUUUUCUGCUGUAUUGUAGCUUGAUAUUACAGUCAGCUUCCUGUUAACAAUCUAAUUAUAUAGAAGAAUAACCCAUAUCCAUAUUAGGUAAAGUUUUAUCAAGUACAUAUGAAGUAUACAACUCCGCAAUGAUAUAUGAUUGAUAUCACAUGAAAAAUAUUAUUUUGACAAACAUUACAAAUGUAGAUACUAGAUAAUGUCUUCGGGGUUAUUUAUAAUAAAGCCUUUCUAACAAAUGGUAACAAUUGUCAACUGAGAAGAAGUCGAAAUCCUUUUGUUUUACAAAAUACAAAACAAACAACUUAUAAAGCUAUAAUAUUUGCUCCGCAACACUUGAAACAUCUGUCACAUGGAAGGUCAAUGUAGGCCAACAUUGUAUUGCCUCCAAAUUGGCUGAAAUUUUAUCUCAUUGUUUACACAAUCUUUUUAUUUGAAUAUUAAGUAUUAGAAAUUUGAGUCCAGAGAAACAAAAUAUGGUCCGGUCCAGUCCAUAUUUUGUACUAUGCCGAAAUCUUCAUUGGGAAGUUGUACGCAAUCCUGAAUCACUCAUUUUCAGAUAUAGCAGAAAUUGAUCAGAUAGAUUUUCAGAGAGGCCGUGUGAGGCAUAGCCAUAGCUACUGAAUACGUGCACAUUUGAUUGUGGUGCAUGGAACAGUCAGCGGAUGUGAAAAGGUGCAUCUCCUUCUGACGUACUUUGCGUUGCAUGCAUGCAAGUGUUGAAUAAUAAACGCCCUUAAUUAACUCUAAGAGGCGGAAUACGAUCGCUUCCGAUCAUUUUACCUUGCAUGAGUAUAAAAAGGAGCGUCAUUUAAAGAUGAACCAAGAUAACACAGAGUAAUAUACUGAACAUCCCUCGAAAAAUUAGAAACUACUAAAGAUAAAUUUAUUGUCAUUUCAAAAAGUCGCCAGUGGCACAUGGACUCCUUUCUGCUACAUCUUGGGUCUGCGAUGCGGAAUUUGUUCCUGCUGCUUAUUUGUUUUAUAGCAGUUCAUUCAGAAUCAAACCCUCCGAGACCUCCAUCUGUUCCUAUUGGGCCUUUUGCUGACUAUACCGAUCCAAGAGUGAGUCCACUUGGAGAUGACCAAGAAAAUGAUUUCGAAGGAAAGAAACUAUUUCAAGGAGAUAUUAGAAAUCCAGGACAAAUAUCGAAUGGAAAGGUUGGAGAGGCGGGAACACGAACACCAUGGCCCAACGGAAUCAUUCCUUAUGUUUUUGAUUGCAGUGUUUUAAGUAUUGAGAGCGCUGUUAGGGCAACGAAAGAUGCAAUGGAGGAAUGGCAAUCCAGAACUUGCGUGAAGUUCGUGAAGAAGCAACCACAUCAUACAGUAUAUGUCGAAUUUAUCCGAGCUGCUGGAUGCUGGGCAACAUACGUUGGUUUCAAAAAUAAAAAAACGCAGAUAUCCAUUGGUAAUGGUUGUGAUUAUAAACACGUCAUGGUUCAUGAGUUGGGUCACGUUAUUGGAUUUUGGCACGAACAAAGUAGGCCUGAUCGGGAUCGCUAUAUCACACUUGACAGAGGCAAUGUUCAUCGAAAUCUUUUGUACAACUUUGAUAUUGUUAAGGAACAAACGAACAACUAUGGUGAAGCUUACGACUUCGAUUCUAUAAUGCAUUAUCCCUGGAAUGCUUUCGCGAUCGACAGACGACGAAAUACUAUUUUCCCCAGAGACUCAAGAGUCUUGAAUUCUAAAAGGCCUUAUGUAAAACUAAGUGAUUCUGAUGUUCGACAAACAAACAGGAUGUAUGGUUGCAGCAAAAUUGGGUCUUCUCGUUAUAAAACAAUGAAGAAAAUUGGUGAAGCAAGCACUAAAAUAAACGUAGCUACUUUGAAAGCUCAAUGUCGAGAUGGGCAUGUUCACUGCGUCAGUUGGGCUAAAGCUGAAUUUUGUGAAUUAUCACCUGAUCCAAUGUUAUCAACUUGUCCUAAGAGUUGUGGAGUGUGUGACGAACCUUGCGUAGAUGGUUUUAGGGAUUGCCCAGGUUGGGCGGACUAUGGUUAUUGUGUCAGCAGGGUUUCAAGAAUAAAAGACUUCAUGUUAAACCAUUGUAAAUUGUCCUGUAGCAUAUGCACACCAGCAACAACAACAAAACCUCCAACAACUACCACUACUCCCCCACCUACCACAACUCCCAAACCAGCCACAAGACAACGAGUCACAAGACCACCAACCAUUGAACAAAUUAUUACCACACCAAAAUCUUCCACUAACAAGCCAGUCACAAGGAAUGGAAUUAGCACACCAACCAAAAAAUUCACCGGUGUGCUGUGCAAAGAUCGUAGCAAAUAUUGCAAAGCUUGGGCAAACGAUGGCCGAUGUGACACGGAUCGUUGGGUGUUUGACAACUGUAUGCUGAGUUGCAAAAGAUUUUCAAUCUGUGAUAGAGAAAUGAUCAAACCUAUUGGUGAAUGUACUGGUGCCCUUGGAGUUCACUCAGACAAAAUAAUUCCGGAUAACAGAAUGAGUUCUAGCACUACGUUCUCACCAGGUGGGGGGUGGUUCGCACCCGCAGCUUCUGGACGUUUGUAUAAGGAAGACGAUCACCAACGGAAACGUGUGGGUGCCUGGUGUCAUGCUCCCUACAACAGAGAGGAGAAACAUUUAACAAUUGAUUUUGGCAGAAGAAGGCGUAUUGUAGCCUUGGCAACACAAGGACGUGAUACGUAUUUUGAACAUACAAAAUCAUACAGCCUGUCCUUUAGUGAUGACAGGACACAGUGGCGUGAAUAUCGCGAAGGAGGAAGUAAGAAAAUAUUUGAUGGAAACUGUGACCAUGUAACACCAGUGUUGAAUAUUCUUGCAAGGACUCAAUAUGCUCGUUUCAUACGUAUACACCCAAUCAAAUUGUUUGGUGCGGCUUGUCUUCGUGUCGAGGUUUAUGGUUGCUGAAUUAUUUUGAACUUGUUUUCUGACUGCAUGAAGUGGUUCUUCAAGUUUACGAUAUUCCGACCGUUAUUAUAAUAACAACCGUUAUUAUUGUACCGGGGAUUAGAUAUCCGGUACAACAAAUAUGGCUGUAAUAAAAAUGUAAUAAAAAUAUUGGCGAACUUCCAUCCUAUGCUUUCCUAUGCUUGUAUCCAACAAUUUAAAUGAAUAAUUGUUGCUAUUCUAUAGUGGAUGUCAUUGAAAUUUUAUAGCGAUCUAAGGAAAGUGAUAAUAAUUAUUGUGAUAAUAAUAAUUUUGAUAAUAAUACCAUUUUAGUAUAUAAAUAGAACGUAUCGCCGAUGAUUGCUACUAACCACAUUAUAUUUCGCUGCAUUUUGGACUGGCGACGGAGGUAAUUUGAUAUAACUUUUUUGUGCACUUUUGUUGCACUUUUUUUCAGUUUUGCUGGGGUGCCUUGCCCUUGGGCAGAAAAGGAAUCGAUGCCUGAAAGUAAUAAAAGGCGGUUGAAUCUAGACGAAACUCAGUCUUUGCAGUCUCGAAAAGGAAGCAUAAGUCGAAGAAGUUCAGGAAAAGUUGGAAGAGUCUUGCUUAGAACGAACUACGGCACCGAAAGAUGGGAAAGGAGAAACGUAAAGGCUUGCUCGCAGCGAAUAAUAGAACGAAAGAAUCGUAAAAAGAUGUCGGACAUGCCUUGGGACAUUAAUGCACGCAAAUACAAAACUCGAUUUCGACAAUAUGCAUGAGUAAAAAUUGCAUGGAAUUUGGCUUUUUUGACUAAGAUAUAAACUGAACACUCUUCUGUUUACCUCCUUAAUUUUCACGUUUUCCGCCUGUGCAUGAUUUUUGCAUGAAGUCUGGUCGUAUCAAGCGCAUGCGGAGUGAAUACAAGUGAUUCUGGGGCCCCAAUCACUUGUGUUUUCUCCAUCUUGACGACUAUAUAGUCCGGACAAAAAUAUCGCUCAGAGAGCGCCUAAAACAUAAAAACAUGAAAUAUGUAUUUCUAGAAGGAGAUGAUAGUCCAGUGUUCUUGCUUUCUUGUACAAAAACGUGCAUGAUAUUUUGCAUUAAAACGUGCAUGACAUUUUGUAUUAAAACGCGCAUGACAUUUUAUAUUAA